GUGCACCGAACCUGUUAAACGAACAUAGAUUCUCUGUCUCGGCGUGUGUGAGUGUUUCGUAUGCAUAUACCGACUGAAUUUUGUGUGUGAUAUUUGCCUUCCGACAUCGACAUCGACGAAAACGGGAACCUCCAAUUUUCCCAAAAAAAUAAAAACAUUUUCCAGCCGAUAUAUAUGCGGCGGUGAUUGUAAACAUUUAUGUUUUUUGUGUCAGUCGCUUUUAACGGGUCGUUGUGGCAAGACACAAAUUAUAUUCUCUGUGCGGUUUUUGUUGGGGUUGUAACUACAAUGUGCACAUGCUAUGGGGUUGUGUCUUGCUGUUAAUUUUGAAAAUUAGUGAAUAAACGGUUCGGUGAUUUUAUCGCAAACUCACUGUGAAUGGACUCUAAAUCAAAUUUGUGGUCAAUAUUUUAACGAUAUAAUUUAAAGUUCUCGUUCGGGGGGUGAUUUAAAGCGGUUAUAUCAACAAAAAAAAAAAAACAGCGCAAACAUAGCGACAGAACGAAACUGAAUUUUAACUGAAUUUAUACUGAUAUGAUACAAAAAUUAAAGUGAAAUAAAUAAAUGAAUGUGAGUGUGCCAGAGACAAUUUAAUUUUCCAUAUGACGAAAAAAUGGGAAUUGUAGCCGUCGCAUCUUGUCUUGUUGCUAUACUACAGCUUCAGCAGACAAAAGUGACACAUGCAGUAAGCUGGGAAGAAUGGUGGACAUACGAUGGAAUUUCAGGCCCUGCAUUUUGGGGUUUAAUCAAUCCGGAAUGGUCAUUAUGCAACAAAGGUAGAAGGCAAUCACCUGUAAAUCUUGAACCACAACGUUUGUUAUUUGACCCAAACCUAAGGCCUUUGCACAUAGAUAAGCAUAGAAUAAGUGGUACAAUAGCAAACACAGGACACAGUGUUAUAUUUACAGCCGAUAAUGAAACAUCGUUUAUCUACGAAGGUCCUCAAACUCCAGUUAAUCUGACUGGUGGACCAUUGUCAUAUCGCUAUCGAUUUCAUGAGAUACACAUACAUUAUGGCCUACACGACCAAUUUGGUUCAGAGCACAGCGUUCAAGGCUAUACAUUUCCUGCCGAGAUCCAAAUAUUCGGAUAUAAUUCACAGUUAUAUUCGAAUUUUUCGGAUGCUCUCAAUCGUGCACAAGGAAUUGUAGGAGUGGCAGUUUUAUUACAAUUAGGCGACCUGUCGAAUGCCGAACUGAGAAUGUUGACCGACCAAUUAGAAAAGAUCCGGUUCGGCGGUGAUGAGGCACCGGUGCGUCGGUUAUCCGUUCGUGGACUACUUCCCGAUACCGAACACUACAUGACAUACGAAGGUUCAACAACGGCACCGGCAUGUCAUGAAACCGUGACGUGGAUUGUUCAAAAUAAACCCAUUUAUAUAACGAAGCAACAGUUGCAUGCACUAAGGCGUCUAAUGCAAGGUAGUCCUGAGCAUCCGAAAGCACCACUGGGGAAUAACUUUCGACCCCCACAACCAUUGUUGUAUCGACCUGUACGUACAAAUAUUGACUUCCGAACAAAACAAACGGGAAAAGUAUGUCCCAGUAUGUAUAGGGAUGUGCACUAUAAAGCCAACAGUUGGAAACAAAACUAAAAAUUGAGUAAAAAAAUCAGUUUGUACUAUCCGAUUUCUUCCAUAUCAAAAACAAAACCAAAAAAAAAAAAAUUAAAAACAAACAAACCGUAUAUGAGUGUGUUUUCUAUGUAUCAUAUCUACGAAUGAUUUUAAGAAAAUGAAGCGCUUUUCAUCACAUGAAUGUAAAUAAAGUAUCAAAACAACAAAAUUACUAUAAAUAAUGUAAUGUAUCUUACACAGCCUUUUAUAUAAAAAAAAGAUGAAGAAAAUGUGUGCAAAAAUAAGAACAAAACUCUUUUUUUUCGUGUGGUAAGACAUGAGCAAAUAAUUAAUGUUUGUAAAAUAAAAAUUAAUGACUAAAAAAAAAGAAAGAAAAAAUGUUGUGAUGAUGAGUAAUGGAAAUAAAAUUGUAUGUGUCAGAUGAAUUACGAAGAUAAAUAAAUUAAAAUAAAUAAAAAAGGAAUUCAUGUAAAUAUAUAUAACAACGUGACAUACACACUUAACUAAAUAAAAAAAUAAAUGAAAUGAAGUAAAUUAAAUGAGAAUAUAUAUUAAAAAAAUGAUGCAUACAAAAUCAAAUACUAUAAUUAAAAUUUAUUUAAUUUAACAACAAAAAAAACUUAUAAUUAAAUUGCGAACCAUUAAAAGCUCUUUAUCCAGUGUAAAAACAAAUAAAAAAUGAGAGAGAGAGAGAGAGAAAGAACAAAUGAAAUUUACCAGUCACUUUCGUUUUAAUGAAUUCCAUGUGGUGAUGUUCAAAGUAACGCAUGAAUCGCACGAACUCCGUUUACAAAAAAAAAAUCCCCCGUUUUCAUUCCGCUUUGCCUCCGUUUACGAUAAAAAUUUGAACACGAUUCAAUUUUGUCAUCACAGUUAUUCACAGCAUCAUAUGUAGUCACCACCGUUUUCUCUCAAAAAUUCAUUUUGAUUCAAUGGCAUUUGCUUAAUUGUCACGUAAACGAAUGAGCCGACUCCAAAACGGAGUGUAGUGCGAUCCAUGCUUAAAGCUGGAAUUGUAUUCACUCACUGAAUAGUUUUGGAGAGAGGAGAAAGUAAACAAUUUCCAACAAGCCUGAGUUAAAAUUACCUUUUUUUUCCGAGGUGAACACACAAUUAAUUCAUGUGUGCGUGGUGUGUUUAACCGUAUUUCCACACGAUACGAAACCAUCAAUUCGUUACAGUAUUGUGGAAAACAGUGACGGUUCACGUGAGAAAAAUUAUAUAUUUUUCCCACGGGUGAGAAAGUGAUGAACUUUUCUCACUACAAAAGUGUUAUUCGACCAAUCGUCAACAAUAACGCAUUACUGUCUCGCUGGGACGGAAUACGGAAAAUUCUCGUCAAUAAAACCAAACCAACUGUUUCGCUGGGACAUUUUUUGUUGAGACAUGUGGAAAGGUUGUAUUUCGAGCCGAAGGCGAUGAGUAUAUCCCACAUAUUGAAAUAACAAAAAAAUGUCUUAGCGAGACAGUACGCUGAUUUGUUGUCUUGCCGCCAGAAAAUGCUAGAAAGUGGUUUUUAUUCACACAGUUUCUGGCUGCAAAAUGAAUUUUCACAAACGAAAGAGAGAAAAUUGUAAUUUUCUCCGCUACGUUGAAACUUCAAAUGUUGUGAAUGACGUUGUGUUAAGCUCGAGAAAAAGCUCUCUACGCUCUGGCUCCACAUUCAAAAUGCAACUUCCAUCCUUUUUCCCUCGGUGACUGUUUCGAAGAACUGACAAGUGCAAGGAAACACAAACGGAAUGAAAACGUAGACAAAAUCGUGUAGUAUUUUCAAACGGAGUGAGUAUGCUAUUCCAGAUUUAAAACAUAUCAGUUAUCCGCCGUGCUCAUCGAAAUUGAAAUCACCAUAUGUUACCUGGCCCAUCACAAAUUACGCAGGCACUUACCGAGGGACGGGAAUUUUCGAAAAGCGUGCGAAACUUACACCAAACUUAAACUACAUAGCUUGGUAGAACGAACCGAAGGAUCUUCCAGGCCAAAGUAUUUAAACAUAGAAAUGAUAACAGGUGGCGCUGGGUAUAUAAUAUAUAUUAUAAACAACUGAAGGGCGUACAAACCUCAACGACUCACUAAAAAUUCGGAACCGAACUUUCAGGUGAAUUUCUUAUUACGUCAUUACAGGAAAUUCCACAUAAUUUGCAGCACAUAACGUAGCUUACAAGAGAGCGUUUCAUGUAUUUUUGUAUGGAACGCUUUUUCGUAAGCUACGUUCAUCAACAUUUCGCUGUCGCGCCAACUAGGUUUGUGGAAGUCUAUUUGACGAUUUAAACUAAAAAAAAACGGUUUUCUUUAAGUUGACUUUCCAAGGUUCUAAAAAAACGGGUUAAGACACUUACGAAGGCGGGUGAAACACAAAUUUUGACAAUUUUGACAUGUUUUAUUGAAUACAAUCAUUAGAAAUUGUGUGAAAAGUAAACUUGAAAAAAAAAAUUUUUUUUAGAGCAUUGAGUCACAAAUUAGGUGGUUUUUCUAAACACGUUGAACGUUGUACGUUCCGUGAAGUGAAAUUAGACAAUUCGUUCCUCAAGCAGUUGUCCGAAAGUGUUUUGACAAAGACUAUCCAUAUAAUUAGUAAUAUUUAUGGCUCAUGACGUAGCCACUUUUGAGCUUUGUGAAAAGAUUAAUUGAAUUCGAAUUUGUUUGUAAUGACGAUGUCCACUGGAUUGAUCAAUAUGCUGUGUAAUUAAGCAACUUAUGUUAGGUAAGCAGCACCUUUUAUGUGAAAUAAAUGUUUCUCUCAAAAACAAACCCACCACAAAUUCACUUCAAAGUAUGGUUCCGGUUGAUACAUGAUACUGAGGUCAACAAAUGAAAAUGAAACUCAAAAAUUCUUUAUUAUGAUUUACAGGCUGUUGAUUAAUUUGAUUAAAUGAACGAUGUUCGACUGGCACACAUGUUAAUAAUGUCUUAUUCAUCACAAUAUUCUCUUCCAUCAAUCAACAUUUCCAUAUAAUAAAAAAAAAAUCGAAAUUAAAGCACGAAUGGGACCAUUAUGUGCAAUAAAGUCAUGUGAAACACAUCCAGUCCCUUUUGUCUGUAACACACAUAUACAUCUCAUGUGGAAUUCAUCAACCGAAUGAAGUAAAAUGUGAAAAUGAUAUAGAUCCCAGCUAUACAAUUUAUGAAAAAUUGAAAAUAAAAAAAAUCCUAACCACACUAUAUCAUACACACCGAAACAACAACAAAACAAGAGAGAAAAAAAAUCACACAAAACAAAAGAUAUCCUUAUAAACAUCCUGUAUAAAAAUAAAAAUCCAAAAACAUAUCAUCCUUUCAAAUAAAAAAAAAACAAUUGAAAUAUGUUUGUAGGUUAUGUAUCCGUUAUCAUAUAGGGGCUAAAAAAAUAAUAUAAAAAUCAAUGUUGCUUUUGUAGACGAAAAAUUUACUGAACAAAAAAAAUUGAACAGACAAUUGUGUUGGGAGAGAAACAAAAGAGCGAAAAGAAAAUUAAACCAACAACACAAAAAAAAACAUUUAGAAUUUAUCUUACGUACCAUAACCAUAAUUGGUCGGACUUCUUAUUAUCCUUCAUAUUUGGUAUUGUUAUAAAUAUAUUCAUUCAUUGCAUAUAUCCUAUACUAAUAUACAUCAUCGACAUGUAUAUGGAAAAAGGUAUAAAUUACAAUAAAUGAUACAAUUGUUGAAUAAUUUUUGGAUCAAAUAUUAUUACACGCCAUUUGAGCUAAAAAAAAAUUCCAUUGAACGCAGAAGUAACCACUUCAGCGAAACAAAAGUUUUCAAAAGCUUAAAUUAUAGUCAAUUGGAAAAUAUGUCUGUAUGAGUGUGAAAUAAAAACAAUUGCAACAAAACGUAUCUUGAUUUAGAAAACAACAAAGAAAGAAGAAAGAAAGUUAUGCGGAAGCAAAUUGUUUACUAUGCAAAGAGUUUAACUGAAAACGCUGAUGUUCCUUUUACGGUUAGAGAGCCUGAUAGUAGUAAAAGCUACUGACUUCUCCAUUUUGAGACAAUCUCAAUAAAGUUUUCAUGCUAGCGAUGCGAAAAUCCUUAUUUUGUCCACUACGAAACGGUGUUAGAAAUGACGUUUUGUUGUCAUAGUCAUUUUCAUCCCUAAAAUGGCAGGUUGGGUGAGAAAAUGAUCAUUUUCUCACCUAGAAUGGCUGCAUACCAAAACACGCUAUUUAAUCCAUUUUCUUCAAAGUGGACAAAAAUGCGAAUUUUCGCAAAACGCAAGUAUGAAAAACGUUGUGCUUAGCUCGGGGAGACAAAGGAAAUUUACUCCACUUGGUUAACAACUAAUUAUUGAAUUGAAGUUAAAUUUUACCUUCUAAGGAUUUUUAUUGGUUGAUAGUUGCAAUCAAUAAAAAUCCGCAAUAGACUCCCUUAAAAUCUUGCAUCUCUUUUACACUAAGUUUUUUAUGCUUUGUGGGCAGAUGAAGAGUGUUAAGAGAGAUUUUUUGUACAGAAUGGUAUCGGGGUCACAUAACAAAGUUAGAAAAGUCGUAAACAAAUUCAAACAGUUCGUAUCUCAAUUUUCAUGAAUUUUUGACAGCUCACCCUGCGACCAAUUAAAUUCAACUGGUUUAUGCAACUCUCAUAAUGUGCAGAAUUUGCCAACUUUAGCUGUCUCUGUUGCAUAAGUCGACCUUCGGACUUGUUUCAAAAUUAUACAUUUGGAGCCUAAUAAAACACUUUGCACUCCAUGUCAUAAAAAAACCGUUUCAUAAGCACUCAAUUUGUUUGGUAAACGAGUGCAGUUAAUUCUCUACGUAAAAGUUUCUCGUUAGUCGAUUUGCAAUAACGGUUCCCGUAUUUCCACUAUUCACGGACAGAUCAGAAUUCCAAAUCUUAAAAACGAGCUUAAAUUAUAUCUGUUCGUACAUUACUACAUUAACGAUUCUGAUUGAUUAAAACGAAACCGUAAACCAAGUCUAAAAAUUGAGCUGCGAUUACCGCUCAGUAUGAGAGUUUAUAAGCAGUGUAUCGAACAUGAAGUUAUUCCAAGAAUUUUUUUUUAAACAUUUAUAUCCUUUGGCUUGGUAGGACUUACGCAGAAACGAUUGCAAUCAACUACAUCCAGGCACUGGAACUGAAUUUAAAUAUGGGACAUCCUUGACGAAGUAAUUAAAAAUUCUCAUUAUAAAAUAAGUUUUUAAUGUUCGUACUAUAAUGACACACUACCUGUGUUCCGACUUUUACCCACAGGGUAUCUACUCCUCCAUAUGAACACCGUAAAAUCAAAUCGUUUGAAUUAGAAUAUUGAUUACGUUGAAUGAACGGUCGGUUUUUCAGGCAUGUUGUUGGACAGAUUUUUUUAUUGUUGGAAUAUUUUUCGUCGAUUUGUGAAAAUUCUUCUAAUUCAAUUAGUUCGAAAAAAUCGGUUCCACGGUCUGGUUUACAGAUUGUUGUAUCGAAUGUGGAAUAUAAUAGUAUAUUAUCGGCAGCCGAAGAUAAAACAGAUUUUGAUGUUUAAUCUUAUCUACACUGACAAAAAAGAGUUGAAAAUCUUACCGGUUGCAACUCUUUUUUGUCAGUGUACAUUACAACUCGACGAGUCUUUAGCCGGGUCUAAGUAGUCGUGGUGUAGCCCUAAACCCAUAGCCAAUGGUCAUUGUUAAGACAGAAUAUAUUGUGAAGACGGUAUAAAGGCUUGUGUUAUUUUCCACUGCUAAUAUAUCAGCUUAGCAACGAGGCAACAAAUGAUGCAAACUAAAGUAAAGUUCACAUUAAAAUCCUAGGAGUCAAAGUUUUCGUUAAAUCAUCGCCUGGACAACACCGUGAUUGAAUUAACGUUUCGUUAAAAAAAAACGACAAAAAUAAACUUAAUGUACGCAAAGGCUUUUUGAACUAACUGCAUGAGUUCGAAUUUCGAAUAUUCCGACGAAUUUCCAUGAAAAGUAAACAAUCCAUUUUUUCGAUUGGGAAAAACUAGAAACUCGGCGAUAAUCUGCAAAUAUUUAUUAAAUUUCACAAUGAAACAGAAAUUACCUGAAGGAAAUAUUUUUAAUUAAAAAAAGAUGCAAUUCUCUCGUUGGAUAGUAAACAAAUUGCAUGACGCACACAAUCGAUUUCAAAUUUUGUU